AAUAUUCAAAAUAAACAUGGUACUCGCUUUGAUAAGCACGAUCCUGGAUAUCACGCGGGAAAUAUAAAUCGUAAGAAUAUUUGAUAAUAUAAAUGUUCGACGAAUACAGAUUCUGUUUUAUUUUUCAAUUAAUAUAAUCUUUUCGAUAGUAUGAAAUAUUCAUAAAAUAUUAGAAACAAUUAACGACUUUUUAAAAGUAAAGUUUGAUUGCAUUAUCUAUAUAAAUUACUUGUUAAGACUUCUACUGUUUCCUUUUAUUUCUUAUCUUUAGUUAUCAGACCAUUGACGCCUUGGUAGAGAUUAGAUAUGAUAUACUUUGAAUAGUUAUGCAUUACUUACCUACAGAAAUACAAUUAUUUUUUUUAUAUAAUUUAUUGAACUGUUGAUACAGUAUCUAUACAAUACCUAAAUUGAAAAAGAAAUAUUCAACGAUGUCUGUUCUUAAACAUCUUUAUCUCGAUGAUAUUAUCACAUCUUUUCCAGAACUUGGACCAACUGUACAAGAUGGGGGUUAUUCAUGGAUUAUUUUAAUUGGUGUAUUUUUAAUUCAGAUGACCAUACCAAGUAUACUAUCAGUAUACGGUAUUGUACUUGGAUAUUUGACCGAAAAUAAGACAGGCGAAUUUGACUUGUGGGACCAAAAGAUUAUUUUGACACCCAUGCUCUUUAUAGCGUUUUGGAGUUUAGCAGAUCCAUGGUCUAAAAUGAUUGUGGAUUUGUCCUCUGUUCCACGUAUAAUUGGAUUGAUAGGAAUAGCUCUUAUAUCUAUUGGUGUCUUAGCAUCUGGAUAUCUUGCCACUGGUGGAGUUGGAGCAUAUUUAGCUAGUUUAAGUGCUGGUGCAGUUAUGGGUAUAGGGGCAAGUUUUGUACUGAUUCAAAGCCAAGAGUGUUUGCAGAAGUAUUUCCGGAUAAAAUUAUCAGUAGCUUUUACUAUAAGAAAUAUCGCAUUGUCGUUGGGCUAUAUUAUUGUUCCAAGUCUCACUCAUUUUUUACUUAUGCAAGUCCAUUUGAAAAUUGCUUUGUUGCUUAUAACAAUUAUUUUCAUACCAACUAUUUUGGGUGUUGCUCUGUUACGGCAGCCAAUGUCUCCAAAACCUUCACGUUACAAUUUACUCUUAACAACUGAGGACGACAGUGAAGUCUCCGCAAAAUAUCUGUCCAAUGUUAAUAUGGGAGUAGAAUCUACAGAAAACAAUAACUUGGAAAAUUCCUCUUGCGAAAGAACAGAACAAAUAGAAGAUACCAACUCUUCAUUUGCUGGAAAUAACGAGAUUUAUACUUACGAAGAUAGCGAAGAAGAUAUCUUUGUUAAUUCGACUAUAAAAUCAAAUAAUAAAUGGAAAAAUCAAAUUCAAAUUUUUUUGUAUUUUCGAUUUUGGACGAUUAUACUUACAUGGGUCGGAAUAAAAUCUUUUACCUUAUUCUUUUGGAUAUUGUUACCUUAUAUGUUCAUCACAAAAAUAUCUUCUUCGCAAGAUUAUGUUACAAUAUCAAUUAUCGCAGGUUUUGGUACUCUUUUACCAAAUUCGAUUACUUUCUUGAUUUUGCAAGCUGCACCGCAAAAUAGAAGAUUACUUUUUGGUAUAGCAUGUUGGCUUGGGUGCUCUAUUUUAGUAGUAUUAACAUAUACCACAGAAUAUUAUGUAUUCAUGGCUUGUGCAUUGCUAGGAGGGAUAUGUAUCGGUGGACUAUCAGUUUGUCAAGACUCAAUACUUUGUGAUAUCUUUGGACCUCGUUUUAUACAUCAAUUUCAUAAAGUAUUUUCAACAGUAGUGGGGAUCAGUUUAUUAUCCCUUUGUUUCGUACGCAAUUAAUCAAAUAAAUAUAAGUAACACAACUGUCUACUAAAAGCAAAGUAUUUAACUUGUGUUAUUCUAUAGUUCUAAAGUAUCAAUGUCAUAGGCUGUACACAAGGCAUUGAUCUCUGUCUUUUUUGGCAUACUAUCCUACAAAAACUCCAGUUAUGUUUGACUCUUUACCAUCUAUUUUGAGACUGUUUCCAUGGGUCAGCGAGAUCUACUUAUAUCUUUCAACUCAUAUUUGUGCUUUAACUUUGGUAAGACUCAGAUUGAACAAAUAUGAGAUAUAUCUAUACAUAUAAGAAUUCUUAUAUGUUAUUGCAUAAAAUUUAUAUAAUAAUUAUGUUGAGACAUUUUUUAUUAGACAUAUGUAUUAUGGCUGAAAAUUGCAUGACUGGUUCAUAUUUUUUAUGUCUUUAUUAAUUAUUCAUAGAAAUAAUAAUUUUUUUUUUUUUUACAUCACAAAUAAUUAUAUAAUUUUUACAUAAAGACAAUAAUGAAUAAUUUACUGGCAAGUCGAUAAUAAUUUAACACGACUGUAAUGAUCUCAUACAUUAAAAUUAUAUUCUAUGUAAUAAUCACAACGAUCCAAGUAAUGAAAAUAAUAAUAAUUAUUAUUAAUCAUUUGCAGAAUCUCUUGUAAAUUUACGAGAAAAAUUUAAACAAGAAUUAAAUAUUUUCAUUUCUAAUUACGAGACUAA